GGGGCGGGCAAGUGUACAGUGUGGAGCCCUCCUGAUCCCAGGACUGAAGGAUGGCGGCCCUGGCCCGUGAGCUGCAGAGUUUCCUCUGGACCGCUUGCAAGAAAAAAGUGAGGGAGAAGGAGGCGGAGGAGGAAGAGGAGGAGGAGGCGGGGCGCAGGGCCUCCGAUGGGCCUCGGUCUCUUCUGACAGCGCCGCGGCGCGCCCAGCGGCCGCACGGGGGUGCCGCGGGGUUGUGGGGCCUGCGCUUUGGGGCGAGCGCAGCGCAGGGCUGGCGCGCGCGCAUGGAGGACGCUCACUGCACUUGGCUUUCGUUACCUGGUCUGCCACCAGGCUGGGCCUUCUUUGCCGUCCUCGACGGCCACGGUGGGGCUCGAGCUGCCCGCUUCGGUGCACGCCACUUGCCAGGCCAUGUGCUCGAGGAGCUGGGCCCGGAGCCUGACGAGCCCGAGGGCGUGCGCGAGGCGCUGCGCCGAGCCUUCUUGAGCGCUGACGAGCGCCUGCGCUCCCUCUGGCCCCGCGUGGAAACGGGAGGCUCCACGGCCGUGGCAUUGCUGGUCUCCCCGCGGUUCCUGUACCUGGCGCACUGCGGUGACUCCCGCGCCGUGCUGAGCCGCGCCGGCGCCGUGGCCUUCAGCACCGAGGACCACCGGCCCCUUCGACCUCGGGAACGCGAGCGCAUCCACGCCGCGGGCGGCACCAUCCGCCGCCGGCGCGUCGAAGGCUCUUUGGCGGUGUCGCGAGCGUUGGGCGACUUUGCCUACAAGCAGGCUCCGGGGAGGCCCCCCGAGCUACAACUCGUUUCUGCGGAGCCCGAGGUGGCCGCACUGGUACGCCAGGCGGAGGACGAGUUCAUGCUCCUGGCCUCUGAUGGCGUCUGGGACACUAUGUCUGGUGCUGCCCUGGCGGGAAUGGUGGCUUCGCGUCUCCGCCUGGGCCUGGCCCCAGAGCUUCUCUGCGCGCAGCUGUUGGACACGUGUCUUUGCAAGGGCAGCCUGGACAACAUGACCUGCAUCCUGGUCUGCUUCACGGGGGCUCCUGGGCCUUCUGAGGAGGCGAUCAGGAGAGAGCUAGCACUGGACGCAGCCCUGGGCCGUAGAAUCGCUGAACUGUGUGCCUCUGCUCAGGAGCUCCCCAGCCUGAACACAGUUUUCAGGACUCUGGCCUUAGAGGACAUCCCAGAUUUACCUCCUGGGGGGGGGCUGGACUGCAAGGCCACUGUCAUCGCUGAAGCUUAUUCAAAGUUCUGCCAGGUCUCAGAAGAGUGCAGACAGAAGGAGUAGGAUGGGGCUGGGAAGCCCACCGCCAUGGAUUUGGGCUCUGCCUUGGACAUGGAGGCCUGACAGCUGUUGUCCUUUAGGGAUCCUUUGCUCCACUGGGGCCUCAACAGAACUGGAGAAGAAAACGGACCCCUUCCCCAGCCACAUGUACCAGCGGAAGGAAGGAAGGCCAGUGUAGGAACCCAACAUGCUUAUUUCUCCUUCUCGUACUUCCCUCUCACAGAUAAGUCAUACGAGAGGGGAAAUUCCGCCAUCACCCACACUAAAAAAAAGCCC